AUGGAAGUGCUGCGCUCAGGAGGCUUUGAAAUAGGCGUCCUGGUCGGCGUGGUCCUGCGCUACGGCAUCCACGUCCCCAGCGACGUGAACAACGUGACGCUGAGCUGCCAGGUGCCCAGCAGCCCCGCCACGCUGCUGGUCAACGUCAGCGGCAAGUUCUACGAGUACACCCUGAAGGGCGAGAUCAGCGCCCAGGAGCUCAACAACGUCCAGGACAACGAAAUGCUGCGGAAGGUCACUUUUGAUCCCGAGGUGUUUUUCAACAUUUUGCUUCCUCCAAUUAUAUUUUAUGCAGGCUACAGCUUAAAAAGGAGGCAUUUCUUCAGGAACUUGGGAUCCAUCCUAGCAUACGCUUUCCUCGGAACUGCCAUUUCCUGCCUGGUGAUCGGCUCCAUCAUGUACGGCUGUGUCGCCUUGAUGAAAGUCACGGGGCAGCUCGGCGGGGACUUCUACUUCACCGACUGCCUCCUGUUUGGUGCUAUCGUAUCAGCGACCGACCCAGUGACUGUUCUUGCCAUAUUCCAUGAACUCCAGGUUGAUGUGGAGCUCUAUGCCCUUCUCUUUGGUGAAAGCGUCCUCAACGAUGCCGUUGCCAUAGUGCUGUCCUCGUCAAUCGUUGCAUACCAGCCUGCAGGUGACAACAGCCACACGUUUGAUGUCACAGCAAUGUUCAAGUCCAUUGGGAUCUUCCUGGGGAUUUUCAGUGGGUCUUUUGCAAUGGGGGCUGCUACAGGAGUUGUGACAGCAUUAGUCACCAAGUUCACCAAGCUGCGGGAGUUCCCGUUGCUGGAGACCGGCCUGUUCUUCCUGAUGUCCUGGAGCACGUUCCUGCUGGCUGAGGCGUGUGGCUUCACAGGAGUGGUGGCCGUGCUGUUCUGCGGGAUCACCCAGGCUCACUACACCUAUAACAACUUGUCUACGGAGUCCCAGCACAGAACUAAGCAGUUGUUCGAGCUCCUGAAUUUCUUGGCGGAAAACUUCAUCUUCUCCUACAUGGGGCUUGCGCUGUUCACGUUCCAGAACCACGUCUUUAACCCCACCUUUGUGGUGGGCGCUUUCCUUGCCAUCUUUCUAGGAAGUUUUUUCCCAUUUUCUUUUCUACUGAAUCUGGGGAGGAGAAAUAAGAUUGGAACAAAUUUGCAGCAUAUGAUGAUGUUUGCUGGGCUGCGAGGAGCCAUGGCGUUCGCCCUGGCCAUCCGCGACACGGCCACCUACGCGCGGCAGAUGAUGUUCAGCACCACGCUGCUCAUCGUGUUCUUCACGGUGUGGGUGUUCGGCGGGGGCACCACGGCCAUGCUCUCGUGCCUCAACGUGCGGGUCGGCGUGGAUGCAGACCAGGAGAACGUGGGCGUCCCGGAGAGCGAGCGGAGGAGCACCAAGGCCGAGAGCGCCUGGCUCUUCCGCAUAUGGUACAACUUCGACCACAACUACCUGAAGCCGCUGCUGACGCACAGCGGCCCCCCGCUCACCACGACGCUGCCCGCGUGCUGCGGGCCCGUCGCGCGGUGCCUCACGAGUCCCCAGGCCUACGAGAAUCAGGAGCAGCUGAAGGACGACGACUCCGAUCUCAUUCUGAACGACGGGGACAUCAGCCUGACGUACGGGGAUUCCACCGUCAACACCGACUCGGUCGCCUCCAGCAGCGCGUCGCGGCGCUUCGUGGGAAACAGCUCCGAGGACGCGCUGGACCGGGAGCUCGCUUUCGGGGACCAUGAACUCGUGAUCCGGGGAACGCGCCUGGUUCUUCCCAUGGAUGACUCGGAGCCGCCGUCAAACAUCCUGGAUAACGCAAGGCAUGGUCCAGCAUAAGGUUGCUCGGUUAAAUGACAGUAAUAUUUGCAUAUAUGAUCAAGAAAUAUGUACUACCUACAGUCUAAUGCAUGUCUCAAAAUGUCUAAGCUGUAUAAAUAUUAUUUAUAUGGUGUCAGAAGAAUAUAAAUAUUCUCUGCCAAGCACUUGUAAAGAACAAGCUGCAAAUUUAAGUUAAAAACUGUGUUGACUGCACUGUGUAGGGUGGAACUGUUUUAGCGUAAGAAUCUUUUGCACACAGUGAGCUUCUUUUAUGGCGUGAUUUGAUGAAGGGUUUAGGUUCCAGCUGGGUAAGUAAAGGAGCUG